UCCCCUCCGGCCGCCGUCCCGCCUCCGCGCCGGGACCCCAAACACGCCCGGUUCCUGCAGGCUCCCGCGGCGCGUGACUGUUCCCGGAGCCCCAGCCCCGCGCGCGGCCCCCGGCGGAGCGAUGCUGCUGCUGGCGGCCGCCUUCCUCGUGGCGUUCGUGCUGCUCCUGUACAUGGUGUCGCCGCUCAUCAGCCCCAAGCCCCUCGCCCUGCCCGGGGCGCAUGUGGUGGUUACGGGAGGCUCCAGUGGCAUUGGAAAGUGUGUUGCUAUUGAGUGUUAUAAACAAGGGGCAUUUAUAACUCUGGUUGCACGAAAUGAGGAUAAGCUGCUACAGGCAAAGAAAGAAAUUGAAAAGCACUCUAUUAAUGAUAAACAGGUGGUGCUUUGUAUAUCAGUUGAUGUAUCACAGGAUUAUAACCAUGUAGAGAAUGUCAUAAAACAAGCACAGGAGAAACUGGGUCCAGUGGAUAUGCUUGUAAACUGUGCAGGAACGUCACUUUUAGGAAAAUUUGAAGAUCUUGAAGUUAGCAGUUUUGAACGGUUGAUGAGCGUCAACUACCUGGGCAGCGUGUACCCAAGCCGCGCGGUGGUCACCACCAUGAAGGAGCGCAGGGUCGGCAGGAUCGUCUUUGUGUCCUCCCAGGCUGGACAGGUGGGACUGUUCGGUUUAACGGCCUACUGUUCGUCCAAGUUUGCCUUGCGGGGAUUGGCCGAAGCUCUGCAGAUGGAGGUGAAGCCGUACAAUGUCUACGUGACGGUCGCCUACCCACCAGACACAGACACACCUGGGUUUGUAGAGGAGAACAAAACAAAGCCUUUGGAGACCCGACUUAUUUCAGAGACCACGUCUGUUUGCAAACCAGAACAGGUGGCCAAACAAAUUGUUAAAGACGCCAUACAAGGAAAUUUCAACAGUUCCAUUGGCUCAGAUGGGUACAUGCUCUCGUCUGUGACCUGUGGGAUGGCUCCAGUGACUUCUAUUACAGAAGGGCUCCAGCAGGUGGUCACCAUGGGCCUUUUCCGCAUCAUUGCUUUGUUUUAUCUUGGAAGUUUUGAUAGCGUAGUUCGUCGCUGCAUGAUGCAAAGAGCAAAAUCUGAAGGUGCCGACAAAACUGCCUAAUUCUUACCCCUGAGGAAAGGACUGUUUCUAAGUAAUUUGGGCAGCUUGCUGCUAAAUGGGAUUCAAUUUUUGGCCUGCAGACACUAAUGUCUUGUUUUCAAAUAUGAGAGAUUAGACCAAUGCCCUUUAGAAGCCUGGCUGCAAGGGAGGGGGGAGGCACCCAAUCCCAAAAAUAUUAGUAACACUAUGCAAAUACGGAAGAGGAGAUGGUUGAUUUUCUGGGCUCUGAGAUGGAGAGGGCCUGGGAUGGGUACUAAUGGCAGGUGAGGAGGGUGAGGAACAGAACAGUGAGAUCAUUUAAAAUUUUUUGUAUUUAUUUCCCACCCCCCCCUCCCAUAGAGAUUAGGUCUAGAAAUGUACUGUAUGGCAUAUAAAAAGUCUUGAGGACUUUUCAGUCUCCAAGAAAGAAGUUUAUGGGUUUCUGGGGCCUGUAUUUUUCUUUUUAACUUGGCAUUUUUUUAUUCAAGAUGAGCUUUACUCAUUACUGCGAGUCUGAAUGUAUAAAAGUGUGGAUGAUGCUUCCGUGCGGUUCACAUGCCUCACUCCCCAGUGGGGGAAACGUGGUUUCUCUCUCUCUUUGAUCCCAUAAAGCUGCAAGGGGGAUGGGAGAGGGUGGUACAGUGACAGUAAGGAGAUUGGGUUUAAUAGAUAAAUAUUUUCCUGUAGGAAAAAUAAUGCUUUCUUGUCUUCUUUAGACUCAGAUGCUUAGAGGAAGUUUUUAUUUUUCAUUUAUGAGAAAAGGCAGCCUCCUAAAAUGCUUUCUGAAGAGAAAUAAAAUCUUAGAAGCUUAAAGUUUACAUCUCUUCCUUUUCAAUUUUCCUUAUAUUGCUGUAAUAUUUUUGUAAAAAAAAGAAAAAAAGACCAGCUAAAAUUUUUCACUUGACAUUUUACAUUAAUUCAUGAAUUAAUUGAAAUAAACAGAAAAAAAUCUAAAGGUGUGAAAUUCUCCUCGUAGCCUAUAUGUAGCGUUUAGGACAAGCCGAAGAUAGUAUAUUUAAAUUUUACUCAUUAAAAAAAAAUAGGAUGACAGGGCCAAUUUGGAAGAUACCUGUUUUGAGAUAAAACGAUCACCCCGCACUUUCUAUGCAGCCCCCAGCAACCCUGAGGACACGUUCUUUUGUACCACGUGGUAAGGAAGCCACUUAUCCCUCUAGCUCUCCAGCCCCGGAAGUCUUCUGGGCUCCCCCUUUGUUUCCACGUUAUAGGAUCUGCCAUUUCUUUAGUGGAUUUCCACAGUAAGUGCCUCCGAUGCGUUGAGCCAGUGCUACCUGCUUUGCCCUGUUCAUUGCAUGCUCCCCUCUGACUUGAACCCAGUCUUCCUGGGCAUCGUGCACCUCUCCUUCUGGCAUUACACAAAAUAUGCUCAGGCAGUGGGACAUUCCAGUCCACCCCCGUGAGAAUAAAUAAAUCAAGUUCUACAAAAGAUUGAAGACCUACAAAUCCAUGGCAAACCCUUUUUUUUUUUUUACCUUUUGCCCUUGACUUUUUGAACACGACUUUAUUUUUAAAUACUAUGUUCAGUGACUUUAAUCCAUGAUGCCUUUUUAUCAAGAUCGGCGUAUUUUAAACACCGAUAAAUACAGAAGAGAUUAAGAUGUAAUGGAUAUGUUGCUUGAAAUGACUUCAUUAUAGUUUCUGGGGGUGGGCUGAUACCAAAAUGCUUUCCUGAGUCCUUCAGUCUUGGAGAGUGGUAGUUCCCAAAAGCUGUGUUGAAUCACACUGCGCGGCUGCUAAAAUGGAAUAAUGGAUGUAUUUUCCUAAUUUGAAGAAAACAGCUACAUUAAUACAUGGGAUUUUUUCAAUUUUAUGCUUUUCUCAUAAAUGUUCCUUGAAAUUUGGCCUCUUCCACCUGCCGGUCUGUAUUAAAAUCUAGUCCAAGAUGGUGUCUGACAAUAAAGUUAACUCUUUAACAAUAGUUGCUUUAAUUCACACUUUUCAAGGUGUCCCACACAGAGUACUGUUGGCUCCAGAUAAUCUGCCACCUGAACCAGUGUGACCGCCCCUGUUCUGUAGUGGCAGAAAUGAUCCCAAUUUAAGCCUAGGCAUAGGAGCAGGUUGGUAUAUGAACUGUCAGGAAAUGAGCAUCCUUAUCAGGGAUGUUUUUCAGGUCCACAGUCCCUCAUCCAAAAGCUUUGAAAACCAAGUUUGUUUGUUUUUUUCUCUUUGGUGCCAUAAUCCAGUUGGUGACAAAACCUGACUUGAACUGAGGCGAGAUUACUGUAUUUUCAUUUAUCCCUCCUCACCUGACCAUUCCUUGAUUUUCCCUGAAGACGCAUCUGUGGGUUUGAUUAUAGAGUACUACCAUGGACUCUGGGCUGGUGUUUUGUAAAAUCUUGUUGAUGUCCCACAUUACCUUUUUAGAAUCAAAAAAAUUAUGAGUUCUGAAAAACAUCUGGCCCAAAAGGAUUUUGGUUAAGGAAUUGUGGACAUUUAAACAGCAUUGCUUAAUGGUUCAGCUUCAUCCAAAACAUGAAAAUAUCACCAGGAAAAUGGUUCAGCUUCAUCCAAAACAUGAAAAUAUUACCAGGAAAAUUCUGUAUUUUAUCUCAUUGGCCUCAAUUCUUGUACACUUUUUUACAUAGGGGCUUUCAUUUUUUUUGUGCAGGGGAAAAAAAAUAGCCCUCAGUCAGACUGUUGGGAAAACUAUUGACUUUUUUUUUAAGGCUCACAUUAAUUUAAUACCUUCUAUUGUACCGAGAAGUGGGUAAGUGUUACCUGAAGCAGAAGAGGUUUAGUUAUAAUUCUGUUGAAAUGGUGGAUCUCUGUAUGUGACUAAUGGCGGCUUGGUAUGUGAACUUCAGUUCUGAAAUGCCAGCCUCUGCUGGAUUUGGUUGUAUACUUUUAUUGUAAUGUAUUUGUGUUGUAAUGUAUUUGUGAAUAUAUUUAUUUUAAAAUGUUCAAUGUCAUUCAACCAUAGAAGUUUCACAAUACAUUUAGGGACACUUCAUAACUGAAAAGUAUAUGGAACAAUCUUCAUUUCUUUUUAUGAGAACAAAAUCAUGAGACUUGUUCUUUUCUAUUUUAUUUUCAAUUUAAUAAUUUACACAGUUGAAAAGAGGAAAUUAGUAAUGGCUUCUUUACAUUACACUUAUACGUAUUUAGUUAUAAAUCUUUACCUAGAUCUGUUAAACCAUAUAUUAUUGAUUAUUGCAAGUGAAAUAUUGACUAUUUUCAAUAUUUAGAUGACAAAAGCAUUUUGGUCACAGAUGAUUCAAUUCAAAGAAUUGUGUGGCUUUGUCUUUCUUGAACAAGGCAGUGCCAUAAUUUUUUUUGCUGAGUUACGUCAUCAACAGAUUUAAUUUUAUUACACCAUGCUCUAAUUUAAACAUGUAUUACUCACUUGUGGCUGGUUUUAAAUAUUCAUACUUUUUGGUGUAAGAUGCUUUGUAUCUUUCUCCUUUCCUUUAGUUCUAGUAACCCAGCUUUUAAAAGUACCCUCUAAUCAUAACUUUACAAAUUCCAGGCUAAAUCUUGCUGUUUAGAUUAUGGUUCAAUGCUGUGGUGGCAGGUUUGAUAUUUUAAAGAGGAGAUAAUAGCUAUUAUAUUUUACACUUGCUUGAUGUGACACCUCUAAAGACACUUUUAAAUUGAUAAAAAUGCACAUGGCUAUUUUGAUACGUAUUAGAACUUGUGUGUGCUGCUUUAGAGGCUUUUGUGGCAGAACUGUUAACUGUUUUUCAUAUCUUGUAAUUCUGAAUCACAACAAAAAAUAAAUGGGGAACAAGCUUUACAGAUUUGAAAACUUAA